AUGACGUAUUGGUUCCAGGGUGUCAGACUAAAUGCGGUGACGGCUUGCCAUACCGUCGGUGGCCGUCAUGGAGGCGCAGCAGAGGCUGUAGCUGGGCAACAAACGCAGGAUCCCUCCGCUGCAUCGCCUCGCGUCAUCAGGACAGGUCCACGACCGAACCGAACCGAACCGAGCCGAACCAGCAGGAGCCGCCAAGAUGAAGCACUUCCUCCGAGUGGUGACCCAGUUCUUCGUCUUCCUCUACUGUAAAUGUCUGUGGCGAGGCCUGAAGUUCGUCACCAGGAAGUUUACGGGCCGCUGUGAGCUGCAGAGGAUCUGCUACGGCAACAAGCCGGGAGCGCGCAGGACUCUGAAGAUAGAGUCCUCCCUGCGUUACUCCAAGUAUGAGCUGCUGCGGUCGGCCCUCAGCGUCCAUCCUGACCAGGUGGAGAAGACCAUCGACGACAUCAUGGCCCUGAAGAAGAUCAACCCGGACACCAACCCGCAGCUGGGCGUCUCGCUGCAGGCCAGCCUGCUGCAGAUCGUGGGGUACCGGAGUCUGAUGGCCGAGGUGGAGAAGCUCCGCAGGGAGCCGUACGACUCUGAAAACGCCGAGCAUGAGAGCAUGCUGAUGAAGUUGUGGAAGGAGCUGCGUCCCGACACGCCCCUCACCAGACGCAUCUCCAAGCAGUGGUGUGAAAUCGGUUUCCAAGGCAACGAUCCCAAGACUGACUUCAGAGGGAUGGGCCUGCUGGGACUGCAGAACCUGCUGUAUUUUGCAGAACAUGACAGAGCCGCGGCGCUGCAGAUGCUCCAGGACUCACUGCAGCCAAAGCACAAUGAGCUGAACCAGCCUGACUGGGAGCAGAAGGUCCCUGACAAAGCCAUCGGAUAUUCGUUCGCCAUCGUGGGCAUCAACAUCACGGACCUGGCCUACUCGCUGCUGGUGAGCGGCGCCCUGAAGACCCACCUGUACAACGUGGCGCCGGAGAUGGCCGGCCUGCAGCACUUCCAGCAGAUCUUCUGUUACCUGAUGCAGGAGUUCCAGCGGUUCUGGAUCGAGGAGGAUCCCAGUGACAUCAUGGAGUUCAACCGGGUCCGCUCCAAGUUCCACCGGCGGAUCCUGAGGCAGCUGAAGAACCCGGACAUGGCUCUGUGCCCCCACUUCUCCGCCUCCGACCUCCACCUGGUCAACCUGUGACCCCCCGUCCCCCAGGCGACCUCCAGCGGGUCGGCGAAGCGUCACGCUGAUGGUUCCUCGACCCGCUGGAGGCGUUUCCCAGCUAGCGUCAUGGCGUCACUGCCAGCAGCUCACCGUCCCCGGCGCUCCGCCUGCUCCUGGUCGCCCUCAGGCCUCCACAUCGUCUCCAUGUCAGGCUGACACGUGUGUCCACAUGAAAACUCACAGCAACACCAGAACCUGGGCCAGCAGGUGGCGAUAAUUGACCGAAGAAGUAAAAAUAUCACACAGGAAGUUGAUCCUGAGAGUUCAGUGGAGCCCCGCCUAUUUUUAGUGUUCACACAUUUUUCUGUGAGACAUAACUACAAAUAAUUCAUGGAUUGUUUUGUACAGUAAAAUACUCGUAAAUUAUCAUAAACAAAAUGCUUGGUUUUUACUGUGCGUAUUAAUCCAUAUUCAGGUAUAUUUGAUGUGUGAAGUGUUAGAUUAGGCAGUUCUAAAUGUUUAGAGCAGAUCUGUGGUAUUCAGAUAUUUUCUCACGUCCUCUAACUGCGGGGCUCCAUUGCAACUUAUCAUUCUCCCAAACGACAAAGCUAAUCUUUUAUUUGAAUUACUUUAAUUAGUGGCAGAGACGUGCAAGCGUCGCAAUGCAAACUCCAAAACACACAAACAACAAAAGCAAAAAAACAAAUGUGACGGAGAAACGCUGCCAACCCCCCCAAAAAAACAAAAAACAAAAAUGAAGUCCUCCAGACCACUAGGGGGAGUCUGGAGUCUGUAAUGUUACCUGCCUAAUUCUACAUAGCACACCUUUUCAUUCUUCCUCCGUCUUUCACCUGGACAUCCCGUCUUUCUUUGUGUGUUUUGCUGUUUGCUGUGCAUUUGCACCUUGUCUUUGGCCAAAAACCACAAGCCAUUUCUCCUGCUGGCCUAGCGUGUUUGUUUUGGUUGUAUUUACCCAGAAUGCCCUGUGCUGCAGUCCACUUCCUGCUUUUGGAGCGGUCUGCAGUCCGCUUGGUGUUCUCAUAAGUAUUCAAACCGAUCCAGAGUUCACUUUAACCAAGCCCAGAUCGAGGUUUGGAGGACCAGAGUUAGGUUAGCGUUCACACCUCACCAACAGAACUGGACUUUAAACACAUUAAAGAACUUUAAAAAAAAAAUCCAGAUUUUAGCACAGAUCUCUGUGGUCCACUUCAACAGAAAUAAGUUUAACAACAAAAAAUGCUCAGUUAGCUGUUAGCAUGUGGACGAGAAGUUCAAACACAGCAGAAAGUGUGGAAAGUAUCUGUUAGGGUGGAGUUAGCCUCGUGCUAAAGCCAGGUGCAGAUGCUAUAAUCUGGUUAUUUCCCUGAAUCAGUUUGACCUUUCAGACAGUUUGACCUUGAAUCAGUUUGACCUUUCAGUCUCUUUGACCUUGAAUCAGUUUGACCUUUCAGUCAGUUUGACCUUCCCGUCUCAUUCACUGCCUCCGGCUGCAGCUCAGACCACCAGCAUCAGGACGACCUUGGCGAUUGUAGCUGCUUCUCUCCGUUUCAUCGUUGCUUUAAGGAAUCGUGUCGAUUGUAUCGCAGCCGUUUCACCUCAGACAUGAACAUUUUCACCAUUUCAUCCGUAAAAGCCGUCUGUUGGGAUGUUGACGUGCCGUUAGCGACGCGUUUUGUGUUCAGAUGUUUCUGACGUAGUUAGAGGAAAAGCUCCUGGUGGUUUUAUGAACUUAAGGAGCUGCUUCACCUUGUAUCUGCAUUAUUGAAACUGCCAUAGAUUGUAAUUUACAUUUUCUGGACACUUGAACACGAGGGACGUCUUCUUGCCAAAAACACUCAGCAGCAGUUAGUUUGUAGCUCAAUAUUAAACACAAAACCACAAAAAAAAAAAACGCUAAAUGGUGUUGAAAUAUUUCAAUAUGAAAGUUGAAUCACUUAUAAAUAUUUCACAUUUCAGAGUUUUUGCACAUUUUCUUCUGUUCUGAAUGUUUGAAUCUGUUUCAUUUCCUGAAUGUUUCUAUAGUUGUUUCAGCCAAAGCAAUAAUUUCCUUUGGUUUCUGUAAACGCGCCGCGCGUGCCUGCUUGUUUCGCUUUGUGGGUCGGAGCUGAAGGUCAGGCUGCUGCACACACACCAAGAGGUCAAAGGUUAAACAAACCUGUUCUAGUCACCGUCUCUCCGGUGUGCAUAUCUUCAGAUAAGAUAUUUUAAAAAACGUGUUAAAGUUAUCAAAUUAGAAUUUGUUAGAACUUAAACUAGUCAAGCUGUCAAAUCUACAAUAGUCCUUAAUGCAAAUACUAAACAUUUAAUCAGAUGUUUGUUAAGAUAUUAAAAGUACUUUUUGAAUAUUUAAACACAGAGAUCCAAAGGUCUAUUAAGAGCAAAAAAUAAAAACUUAAUAAAAUGUAAGGAUAAGUUUAACUGGGUCACUUUCUUACUUUAUUUUGUUUAUUUACUCUGGAGGAACGUAGUUUUAACGGGAACCAUGUAAAUAAGAUAAAAAAUCAGGACUUCAGAGUUAAAAUUUAAUCAUGUUCCAUAGUGAUAGCUUGGUGGUCACGUGGAGCUGUUAGCAGUCAGUAUCUUACCUGCAGCAGAUGGAAAUGUUAGCUUGACUCGCCAAGUUUCUCCAAACUGAAUCUGUUUAUUUCUCCAGAAAUCAUUAAAAACAAAAAAAUUAAAUUAAACAUUUAAAUCUUUAUACUUUCACUACUGGGUGUCAGAAACAACCAAAGAUUGUUAAACCUUUCAGUUUAUUUUUUAAAUUUCUCAUCUUGAUAUUUUUAUGACCCUUCAGCUUUGACAGUCAUUAAUCUGAAAUAAGAAAUGAGUUUUAUUCAGACUAAAGAGUCGUAAACGUCCCGUUUAUUGGUUCAGCAGCAGUUUGAUUGUCUCAGCUCUAAGUUGCACAUUUCCUUUAAGGUCGUUGCUUUGCUUUAAUAUUCAUCACCACGGUGUGAAAAUCCUUAAAAUGUACAGCAUCAAUGUUUACUGCCACUGCUGGUUGUUUGGGUCGAGUUGAAGCUUUUAGUCGGUGUUUAGCAGCCGCUGAAUGUUUCUGAUUUCACCUCGUUCUGCCGCCUUGCUUUGCUCCAAACUAUUUUAGGUUAAUCUGGUCAUCUGUGGCAUUCCACUGUAAUCUAGAUGAAUUUAGGCUCCAGUAUUCUGCUUUAAUCUGCAUGGAUGUUUUCAUUCUGUAUGCUUCACUAAAGUACUGUAGCGGUAAUUGUAACUGUGGAUUUAAUUUGUUUGUGCUGUACUUUUAGAAACAUUAAUAAAAAUUAAAUGUCAGUUAAAUUUG